CUCUCUCUGGACUUAUAAACUAGCACAAUGCACUUGUAGCUUCCGUUUAUAAGCUGUAAUUUCCAUCAAGACUACUGUAUACAGACGAAGAGAUAUGGCACCGUGUAGAGACAAAGACAAGGUUGCGCGGAUGGAGCAGGCGGUCCGCGUGUUAAUUCAUGGUCUAGGGGAAGAUCUUGAGCGCGAGGGACUGCGCGACACACCCAAGAGAGUGGCAAAGGCGCUGCUGGACUGUACCCAGGGCUACCACCAGGACACAUCCAGCACCCUUGGCACCGCGCUGUUCCACGAGCCCAUCGUGCAUGAUGGCGACGAGGGCGUUGUGCUGGUGCGCGAUAUUGACUUCGCGUCCACCAGCGAGGAGACCCUCCUGCCCUUCCACGGGCGCUGCCACGUGGCGUACCGCCCGAAGAACGGCGUGGUGCUGGGGCUGAGCAAGCUCGCGCGCCUCACUAAGCAGUAUGCGAAGCGGCUGCAGACGCAGGAGCGGCUGGCGGCGGAGGUGGCGCACGCGCUGCAGCAGAGCCUGGAGUGCUACGGGAUAGCUGUGGUACUACAGGCACGCCACCUCAGCAACGCCGCGGCGCCGGAGCAGCGCACCAGCGCCUGCGUGUCGGGCGUAUUUGCCACAAAGGGCUCCUCGCACCUCGAGGAGCUGCUGUCUCUGCUCGACCUGGAGGGCCUGGCGCCCGCGGCCGUGCACAACCUGGACCUCUGCCCGCGCUACGGCCGCCCCUCCGCGGCCGCCUGCACUAUUGCCGCCUCGGCCCCUGCACUCGCCGCAGCGUCCGCAGCCGCCACCUCGGCGCCGGCCUGCAACGGCACCGGCUGCAGGCUCCACCACGGCCAUGGCCACGGACCCCACGGCCACGGGCACCACGGCCACGGGCACGGGCACCACACGGACGUUGGUGUGGCGGCGCCAGGCACGCCCGACCCCAGUGAGAAGGACACGGACGGCGACAGCGAUGACCUGGUGCUGGAGGCGCCGUGCGCCUGCGACGAAAUGGAGGGCGCCAUGCAGCAGCUGAUUGCCGAGCUGGGGGAGAACCCCACCCGGCCGGGGCUGGCGGGCUCGGCGCGGCGGUACGUGAUGUCGCUGCUGGCGUCCACCUCGGGCUACACGCAGCAGCCGGCGGUGCUGGGCGCUAGCAUGAGCGUGAGCGCGGGUGCAAGUGCAAGCGCGGCGGCGACGGCGGGGUAUGGGCUGGAGGCAGCGGCUGGCUCUGGCGCGAACGUUGGCGCCGCGAGCGCGCGGCCAGCGGGCUGCUCGCGGUGUUGUUGCGCCGGCGAGCUUGCGUCAGCACACGCCGAGCAGGAGCAGGAUCUGGAGGGUUCGGGCUGCUCGUCACGGACAGCAUCGGGCCCGCAGGCGGGCUCGGGGCCACUGCGCGGCGUGGUCACGCUGCGGCUGCCCUUCUCGUCGCAGUGCGAGCACCACAUGCUCCCUUUCUACGGUGAGCUACUGAUCGCAUACAUUGCGGACGACUCGUCAGCAUCGUCAUCGUCACUCGAUGCUUCGUCAGAGGCGGCGUCUGGGCCCGUGUCCUGCUCUGGCCCGCAGCCGCUGCCGCGCAGUGCGGUGGAGCAGGUGGUGUCCACGUACACGCAGCGGCUGCAGGUGCAGGAGCGCAUCACGCACCAGGUGGCAGACGCGGUGGAGGCCCUGCUGCGGCAACGGCAGCAGCAGCCGGCACAACAACAGCAGCAGCAAGAGCAGCAGGGGUCUGGGUUGGCGGGGGGCGCGGAGGACGCGGGCUGUGCAGGCGGUGUGAUGGUGGUGUGUGACGCGGCGCACAUGUGCAUGGUGGCGCGGGGCGUGGAGAAUCACAGCGGUAGCACGACGUCGUUCGCGGUGCGCGGCGCGUUUGCGUCACGGCCCGACAUGAGGCGAGCGGUGCUGCGGCUUUUCCGGGAGAAGCAGUGAGAGCUCGAACGGUGGGCGGGGGCAGGUGUUUGUGCGUGUCCCUCGUAGGAAUGGUGCGCGGCCCGGCGGACAGUGCUCGGGAGCAGUAUUGUAGGUUAGAUGACAGGGAGUGCAGAGAAAAGCUUGCCGCCCAGCGCGCUAGAUGGAGCUACUAUUAGCAGGUCGUAUGCAAUAGGGCAUGGGCAGAGGUGAUCGAGUGUGUCGCUUUCUGAAGCAGUUGCCUGUUCGGAUGUUUUCGGGAGACUUGGGCAGGGCCCGGUGCAUGGGAUUGUUUUUUCGGGGCAGGUGCACACGGGGGGAUGCAGAGACAAAGUGAGCAGACUACUAGUGUUCCGUCACUUUCCCAAGACAUGAGUGCAGCUGGCACUGGUGCCGUAGUUGCCGUCGGAUCCGGGACGGGACAACAGUCCAGACCCGCAUAGUGCGAUUGGUUGCGGGCGCAGGCCCGGCCCUGAAACAAGGGCGGCCAGCCGCCUAGACUGUACCACGAAGCUUGCAUGGUCGGCAGAUGAGCGGGUUUGUAACCUGAGGUGCCG